UAAUUUUUUAAUUGAUGCAAAUCACCAGAGUUGAGUGAUUAUCGUGGUGCGCUAACGUGAACAACACACAUAUUUGCGGUCGGUCGAUCAUCGUCGCAUUCAUUGAUCUUCUCUUCGCCAAAGAAUUGUCGCGUUUUCGCCUUAUUUUCAAUACCUGUUCUCCUUUUCCGUUUGGCUGAUUUAAGGAAUCUUUCCCUCUCUCCUUUGGAUCUACCACAAAACAACAAAAAAACAAAAUGAGUGAACAAGAAUACGACAAGGAACAGUUGAGAAUUUUGCGCAACGCUUUCAAGGCAUUCGACCAUGAGGACAAAGGUUUCAUUGAGCAUGCCGAUGUCCAUCAGAUCCUUGAAAUUUUAGGCCAGAAAUUGGAUGAGAAGGCCGUCAAGGCCCUCAUCAAAGAGGUCGACAAAGGCAAUAGUGGCAAAUUGGACUUCUCUCAGUUUUGCAAAUUGGCCGCCCGCUUCGUGGAGGUGGAAGAGGAUGGACCUGUGCUAAUGGGUGAAUUGAAGGAGGCUUUCCGUGUCUACGACAAGGAGGGCAAAGGCUAUUUGCCCAUUGCCACAUUGCGUAGUAUCUUGCACGAAUUAGAUGAUAAGUUGUCGAAUCAGGAUUUGGAUAUGAUCAUUGAUGAAAUUGAUGCUGAUGGUUCCGGUACAGUAGAUUUCGAUGAAUUUGUGCAAGUGAUGACAGGUUAAGUAUAAGUUUUAUAACCAUCCAUUAUUUUGUCCCGUUUUGGGGCGGUUUUUGAAGGCAAAGAAGACAUAUUUUUCUAAUUUUUUUGAAUUAUUUAAUUUAAUUGUAUUUUGAAAUAUUUAUUUUUUAUUUUUGUUAUUUUAUUAAAACAAAA